AGGCAGGCACCGAUGGAAAAAGGUUUUUCUUUUCAUCUUCCGUUAUCAGUACGCUCCCGUCUGCCGCGCUCCGCCCCUGUGUGGCGCACGAUCGCAGUCAGUGGAUUAAGCCGGCUCCAAGACAAAGCGGAUGCCGAGCCCGGGAAGGAAGCGCGCUCUCCGCCCCGCCUAGAGGGAAGGCCCAGCCUCAGCACAGCAGCGCUCCCUCGGCACCCGGACGUGACCUAGUUCUCACAGAGGCCCGGCCUCUUCCGCCACAAGUGCAGCCCGCGGUCCCGCCCCGUCCCGUGAAUGGUCGGCCGGCCUCACGUCUAAAAAGCGUUUAGGUGCCUGCGACCGAGCCUCGGGAGAAAGGCGAGCACGUCUCAGCCAAUGAGGUGAUAGAAAUGCAAAGCAGCGACCAACGACUAGCUGGGAUGGGCUGGGCCGGCCGACGAAUCACGAGGUCUCGCACCCGGAUAUGGUUGCUGGGCUCGGAAAUCUAGCUCGGGAAAAGCGUGAGGGACUCUUCACGUGGGGCAAGGACAGCAGGCGCGGAGGAGGGGGCGAACGUGUGUGAGAUUCAGUGGCCCGUGCGUUUGUUGUGUAAGGGUCAUCCAGGGGGAACAAAUCAAUGUGGCUGUUUUUCCGUGGAAAGAAUUGCCACUGCAGCGUCCCGGAGCCUGCGUGUGGUGGGCAAGCUCCUCAGAUGGUAUCUCACAGGGAGUAGGGGAGUCUUGAAAACGCAGCUCCGGCGGUAGGAACAUGAACCUCUUACCUAAAAGUUCCAAGGAGUUUGGCUCCGUUGACUACUGGGAGAAGUUCUUCCAGCAGCGAGGAAAGAAAGCUUUCGAGUGGUAUGGAACCUACCUGGAACUGUGCGGGGUUCUACACAAAUACAUCAAGCCCAGGGAAAAGGUGCUGGUGAUUGGGUGUGGCAACUCAGAACUGAGUGAGCAACUGUAUGAUGUGGGCUAUCGGGAUAUAGUGAACAUCGACAUCAGUGAGGUUGUCAUCAAGCAAAUGAAGGAAUGCAAUGCCACGCGACGGCCCCAGAUGAGCUUCUUGAAGAUGGACAUGACACAGAUGGAGUUUCCCGAUGCCUCGUUCCAGGUGGUGUUGGACAAGGGCACCCUGGAUGCUGUCCUGACAGAUGAGGAAGAGAAGACCCUGCAACAGGUGGACAGGAUGCUGGCUGAGGUUGGCCGUGUCCUGCAGGUGGGCGGUCGCUAUCUCUGCAUCUCCCUGGCUCAGGCUCACAUCCUGAAGAAAGCAGUGGGCCACUUCUCCCGGGAGGGGUGGAUGGUGAGGGUGCACCAAGUGGCCAACAGCCAGGACCAGGUGUUGGAAGCAGAGCCUCAGUUCUCCUUGCCUGUCUUUGCCUUCAUCAUGACCAAGUUCAGGCCAGUCCCUGGCUCUGCCCUUCAGAUCUUUGAGCUGUGUGCUCAGGAGCAGGGCAAGCCUGUGCGGCUGGAGAGUGCCGAGCGGCUGGCCGAGGCGGUGCGGGAGCGGCAGCAGUAUGCCUGGCUGUGCAGCCAGCUGCGCCGCAAGGCCAAGCUGGGGAGUGUGUCUCUGGACUUGUGCGAUGGGGACACGGGGGAGCCACGCUACACCCUCCACGUGGUGGACAGCCCCACUGUGAAACCAUCGCGGGACAAUCAUUUUGCGAUUUUCAUCAUCCCCCAGGGCCGGGAGACUGAGUGGCUCUUUGGCAUGGAUGAGGGCCGGAAACAGCUGGCGGCCAGUGCUGGCUUCAGGAGGCUGAUUACAGUGGCCCUUCACCGAGGUCAGCAGUAUGAAAGCAUGGACCACAUCCAAGCUGAGCUGUCAGCUAGAGUCAUGGAACUGGCCCCAGCAGGGAUGCCCGCACAGCAGCAGGUGCCCUUUCUGUCUGUGGGUGGGGACAUUGGGGUCCGGACUGUUCAGCACCAAGACUGCAGUGCCUUGAGCGGUAACUAUGUCAUCGAGGACGUGCAAGGGGAUGACAAGCGAUACUUCCGGCGACUGAUUUUCCUUAGCAACAGGAAUGUGGUGCAGUCAGAAGCCAGGUUGCUGAAGGAUGUGUCUUACAAAGCCCAGAAGAAGCGGAAAAAGGACAGGAAGAAGCAGCGGCCUGCUGAUGUGGAGGACUUCCCUGCAGCCCCAGGACAGUCCAUUGAUAAGAGUUACCUGUGUUGUGAACACCACAAAGCCAUGAUCGCUGGCCUUGCCCUGCUGAGAAACCCAGAGCUACUCCUAGAGAUCCCACUGGCAUUGUUGGUGGUAGGCCUGGGCGGAGGCAGCCUCCCCCUCUUUGUCCACGAUCAUUUCCCAAAGUCCUGCAUCGAUGCUGUGGAGAUCGACCCCUCCAUGUUGGAAGUGGCCACCCAGUGGUUUGGCUUCUCCCAGAGUGACCGAAUGAAGGUCCACAUUGCAGACGGCCUGGACUAUAUCGCCAGCCUGGCAGGAGGAGGAGAAGCACGGCCUUGCUACGAUGUCAUAAUGUUUGAUGUUGACAGUAAGGACCCAACACUGGGAAUGAGUUGUCCACCCCCAGCAUUUGUGGAGCAAUCUUUUCUACAGAACGUUAAAAGCAUCUUGACUCCUGAAGGUGUUUUUAUUCUCAACCUCGUGUGCCGAGACUUGGGGCUAAAGGACUCAGUGCUGGCUGGGCUCAAGGCAGUGUUCCCCCUCCUAUAUGUCCGGCGAAUUGAGGGUGAAGUGAAUGAGAUCCUGUUCUGUCAGCUGCACCCUGAGCAAAAACUUGCCACACCAGAGCUCCUAGAAACAGCCCAGGCUUUGGAGCAGACCCUGAGGAAGCCUGGGAGGGGUUGGGAUGACACGUAUGUCUUGUCAGAUAUGCUCAAGACGGUGAAGAUUGUAUGAUUGCUUAGGCCAAGCAGCCCUCCUGCCUAGACUGACCUUGGACUCCCAGCCUGCCAGAGAUUGAAGAAAUACAACGCACAGUACUUUUUAAGCUUCAUAUUUUUCUCGGUUUCACACUCAGCUACAUGUGACCUCCAGCUUGGUGAGGUUGCCUGAAGAUUAGGGAAAAUAAAAAUGUCCUUCCCAUCUUGUCCUCUUUAGUA